GAGGACAGAGGGAGAGGGAACUGGGCUGGGUGAAAAAAAUACACGGGCUGUGGGACUCAGGGCGACUAUAAAACAGCUUUCUUGCCCAUUGUGUUGAUGUAGUCAAGAAAUAUAUACCGUAAAGUACAGAGACGGAGAGGAGUGAAGUGGGACCGGUUUGUGUGGCUGCUGAGAAACGUUUGUCUUGCGGUUUGCGAGCAAACUUUGUGAGGAGAUUUAUUUGUGGCGGGGUCUGCCGAUGACAAUCCUCUGAAACUGUAACUGUCGUGUUUUGAGGCGCAACAGUGGACAUAAACGAGCCUUUUAUUUUUAUGCUCGAAAAAGAAACGUCAGUUCAGAAAUUAGUCUUGCGAGUCGUAUAUCUGCUCUCUAGUCACAGUUUCAACACAAGCGGGACAAUUUAAGAAGAGGUAUUUUGCUGACUCUGUUCUCCGUACAGUUGACGCGGCUGAAAUGGGAGCGCGUGACGGGCGCUCGGUGUCUGCGGUUCACCGGAGCUCUUUGCUCCUGUGGACGCUGCUGCUCAUACUGUGGCUGACCUGCGUUCAGGGGACGUGGGGACCCGGAGUUUACAAAUACCAGACCGGGACAGCACUUCACAAAGAUCAGUCUAAGAGGAACUGGUGUCCGCAGACAGUGACUAAAACAGUGGCCUGUCAGGUGCAGAAUGGCACCAUUCUCCAGAGAGUCUAUCAGACCUGCAGGUGGCCUCAGGGUUGCAAUGGAGGAAGCUAUCGCACUGUGGUCCGGCCAUCCUAUAAAGUAGUGUACCGCAUCAUCACCUCUCUGGAGUGGAAAUGUUGUCCUGGAUACAGUGGAUCUCAGUGUGAGGAAGGAUCAUCAAUUAACCUGGUUGCCCAGGAGGGUGUAAGAAAACAGGCUACACUUUUGAAAGCUGCUUCUAAAACAGGAGAACAUAUCUCAAACUGUCUGAAUUGCAGUCGUAUCACAGCCCUCACAGAUCGUGUUAGCUCUCUGGAGGCCAAGGUUCAGCUUCUUACCACCCCUGCCUCCACCUCUCAUCGACAGACGGAGUUAAAAAAUGAACCUGACUCCUCCUUCAUGAUGGGGGCACCACCUGCCAAAGGUUCUCCUGGGGCCCAGGGUCCCGCAGGUCCACAGGGCGAGAGAGGCCGGGAUGGCUUACCUGGUAAAGAGGGUAAAGCAGGGUCUCGAGGUCUGCCAGGACCCAAAGGUGAUGCGGGCAGCAGAGGUCCAACUGGGGCUCCAGGGUCUAAAGGAACAGCUGGUCUUCCAGGUCCGCAGGGACCACCGGGCCUCCCAGGAGAGAGGGGCCUCCCUGGGCCACCCGGCCCUCCUGGGCCCCCCGGACCACCAGCCCCUGUACCUGAACAAGAUGGCCUGAAGAAAGACAGUCUGCUUCAUAAUAACUUCCCCGACCUCCGAGUGACCCCUUCACAUGGACCACCAGGUCCACCUGGACCCACCGGUCCUCCAGGACCAAUGGGACCCAGUGGACCACCAGGCCCUAUGGGACAAACUGGAAAGCCAGGACCUCCUGGUUUGCAAGGCCCUGUGGGACCAAAGGGCGAACGAGGCGAAAGAGGACCUCUUGGAUAUCAAGGAGAGAGAGGGUUCAAAGGAGAUCCGGGAGUGCCGGGAACUAAAGGAGAGCCAGGGGAGAAAGGUCUUCCGAGCGAUUUAAACGGGGAUGGAAUACACCAAAUCCGCGAGGCCCUGAAGAUCUUAGCCGAGAGGGUUUUAAUCCUCGAGACUAUGAUCGGUAUCCAUGAACCAGAUCUAGGAUCAGGGGAUGGCUUCUUUGGCACACCAUCUCCAGAUGCCUACCGCAUUAAGAGGGCAAGAAUGUCAUCUUUCCGAGUCAAUUCUCCCUUAAUCACUGCUGAGACCAAGGUUCGAGGGAAGUAGUCUGCAUAUUCCAAAGAGCGAAGCCAUCGUUUCCAUCUCAAUUUCAUCGUCCAUAAAUCAGCUUAACUGGCAACAACUACACAAGUCUCCUGAGACACACACAUUCUACAGAUCCAACCGUUUUGGAAUAUUCUGGUUAAUCAAGAAGGGGGAGACACCUCAGGGAAGACCAAAUGGUGCUGUAUAAAUGAACCACCUCUAAUGGGACUCACAGGUUCCUAGCACCUCUCCUCUGGCAAAUUAUUGUGGUUUGCCAUCAUGUUGUGUCACAAUUGUGGCAUAACCCAAUGAAUAGAAUUAGUCUCAGAAGAAAUAUGGCAUCCUAUUGUAAGAUGCUCAUUUUACAUGAAAAGGAAACAUGUUUUAAAAUAUGAUAUACAGAAACAGUAUUGGUGCUUUUGGGUAAGAAGGAUACAACAUGUGAUGAAGAUGAAGAAUGUUUUUAGUAGAGCAUCAAACCGUAUUAUUAGUCUUUCCAGCUGCUGCUCAUAGUAAAUUCAGCAAAUGUACUGUAUGACAAAAAUGCACAGAAUGAUUCUGCUAUUCAGCCAAACGCCACACUUUCCCCACUGAAAAAAAAUUUGAUUUCAUAUUCCGUUCCUUGGAUUAAAUGCACUAUGUAGAUAGAGAAUUACCUUGUUUUUUUAAGAGAAAGGAAAACUGAAGGACAUAAACAUGUUUAGACAAUUCAAUUAUAAUAGAAAAUUCAUUGUAACUAGAUUGGAAUUAGUGAAAACAAACUGUUUUUAAUGUUUUUAAAAUCUUGAGAAUGAUUUUAAGUGGUUCUGACUUCAAUUUUAGGAUUCUCCUCUAUACAACAAUUAAGUAACCUUAAAAAAAAAGUGCAAUUGUGUGAGAAGAUUGAACCAUAACACAGACAAAAUCCGACUGGAGCACAAGGGGGAAGUGGGAAAACUACUUGUAUAACUUGAAUUCUGUUUUGUAUUUCAUGCAUGUCUUUCCAUCACAGUUACAUGCACAUGCAUAGGACUGGUAUCCUUCCUCAAUACUUUUCCAUGUCUUUGUAUUCCCAUAUAAAUAUUGUUGUAUUAAUUAUUUAAAGACUAGCAAUUGAUGUUUUCUUUAUUCUGUAUACUAAUCCAUGUAACGUCACCUGUAUUUUCCAUUUCUAGCCUCUAUGUGUGGAUUAGUUUUACCAAUUGGUGUUAAAACAAAAUAAACUUUGUUGGGUGUUUCUA